CUAUUCCCUGUGAUUGUCUUUGUUCGUUUGGCGCGCGACUUGGUUAAAAUGCCGACUACCCUGAAAAGGAAACGCUCCCCGUCGCCGCCCCCAGCCCGAAACCAUGGCGGCGCCGCCGUUCGCGGGCGGGGUCCAUACCCAGAUUUCCCUAAACCUACCAUGGAAGAUUGCCGGGGCGUGCUGGAUGACCUUAUGGCCCUCCACGGCUUUCCCAAGGACUUCCUCAAGUAUCGCAAACAGAGGCUUCUGCUAAACGAGAAAUCCCCUGUUCUUGACCUCAACCUCCCUAAUCCUGAGGAAGACGGUGACGAUAGCGACGGAUUUUCCCAUGAGAGUGUGCUGGACGGCCUAGUGGGCGCCAUACUGUCGCAGAACACCACCGAGGUCAAUGCUCGGAGGGCUUUCAGUACUCUCAAGUAUUCUUUCCCCACCUGGGAAGAUGUUCAUGCUGCUGAGCCGAAGUUAGUUGAAGAAGCUAUAAAAUGUGGGGGCCUUGCACCAAGCAAAACAGCUUGUAUUAAGAACAUCUUGAAGUGCUUGCUUGAGAAGAAAGGGAAGUUGUGCCUGGAGUACCUCAGGGAUCUAUCUAUUGUGGAAAUCAAGAAAGAGCUUUCAUGCUUUGGUGGAGUUGGGCCUAAAACGGUACUUGCCGCAUCAGUCAAUCACUAUUUGGUCAUGUAAAAUAGUCAUGGUUUCAAGGUUUGAGUGAUAACCCUUUGAAAAUGGAGCUGAGGGAGUGCAUAUCUUUCUAUGCAUAAUGCAGGAGGACCCGUGCACACUGCAUAACCUAGUUGAGACCACUGUCAUAAGAGUUGUUAUGUGUGCAAUUGUAUGCAAAAGCACUUGAAACGCCACUCAGAUGCGUGGCAAAAAAGAAUGAUAAAGGAAUGAAGACAGUGGCAUGCGGAACACCAAUACGUUUUGAUGUAGAAGUUUUCCGUAUUUGUUAAAAACAUUAGUGAUGGAAGUAAAUCCACCGGAAAAUAAUUAAUAAGAGAUAGCCGAAAAUAAUUAAAGUGCUCAGGAUAAUCUUUAGAGAGAUAAAUGUAUGUAGUGUAUUCAGUGUAUUGAGCUUGAUUAACUUUACAAAGAUUACAUGAUUUUAUAGUAGAAAAUAAGACAUAAAAGAUUCGGGCGACAUGGUCGCCAUGUUCGAAUUGAUAUGCAGAUCAAUAAUCCGGAUCUGUGGAAUCCUUUGUUGAUUGUGUGAAUAUCUUGAAAAGACGUCGUUGAUGUAGUUUGUCGUACGGAGUCGCCAUGUAGCUUUUGCCAUGAUGUCCAGAGACACCAUGUAUAGAUUGUUUAGAUAAGCUUCUACUACUAUGUCCAGGGUCACUGUGGACAUUUCUUUAUAUAAGCUCGCCAUGGCAUCCAAGGCUAUAGUGCACUCUGGUCUUCUACUUGCGUCCAUGGUUGCUAUGGACGUGCUCUUUGGAUAAGCUUACCAUGACAUCCAUGGUUACUCCGUACUCCCUAUUCUUCUACUAACUCCUGUCCACAGCCGCCAUGUACAGUCUUUUAUCUCCUAACCCGCCCAUGGUCAUCACGUACGAGCUCUUCUUAUACCUUAUCAUCACCCGUACAUAGUUACCGUGCACAUCAACCUCUAACUCACUUUCAUCCAUGUUAAUCCGAUCAAUAUUUAUCCAUGGUUGGGAUAAUUAUACCAUCACAAGCCCCCCACUUCCUAAGCCGAAUAGUAUAUCGGCUAUAGGGAGUACAGAGACAUGGUUGCUGUGUCAAUAUUGAAUGUACAUGGUCACCAUGUCAAUGUUUUUGUUUUUUACCUACUCAAUUAUUUUAACUAAUUCAAUUUUCCUUUCCCUUUACUGAAGUGUGCAGCUCAUGACUCCAAAUUUACUUACGUCCUGUUAGCUUCGUAGGUGGGUAGUGAGGACCAGUCACCAUCUGAACUUCACUGUCCAGGCCGUAGCUUGUCGGCAACCAGGCCAGAGUCGCCCGCCGCCCGCCGGCGUUCCUUCACGUCACCCUCCAGUUCCCUUGGAGUUCCCAUCUGCCGUCGCCCUUCACCAGCUUCUACCGGCCGCAGUGAACCAGAGAAAUAACUCAACCACCAGCUGAGACCCAACGUGAAGCCGGCAAUCGAACCUCUACGGCCGAAUCAGCACCGUCUCCCGUUGCUCAGUCAUUACUGCCAUCGGUCCUCCCGCCGGGCACCCGCGCACCUCGGUGACCUCAGGGACUGUUUGUCUUCGCCGUCCUCCGCUUGCGCCGUCGCUGUCCUGCUUUGGGUGUCCGUUCCGAUUCCGCCGCAGCCACCGCUUGCCAGGGUAGGCAUAGACAGCUGUUAAUACCUUAUGGAUAUACUGGACUCCAUAGACUCUGAUGAAUUGCUCAGUGGUUACGGGGAAUUAGUGUUGGAGAAUUUUCCUCAUCCUUGGGCAGAUGUUAAUUCUGAUGUUGAAGAAAUUAGUCCCAUAAAGCCACGAGCCGCUUCAGUCAAACCACCAAAACGUCGCUACCGUGGUCCGUAUCCACCCUUAGACCCGAGCCCCAUCUUACACUACAGGUCGCGCCUCUCAGUUUCCAAGUUCGAAAAGUAUAAGAAAUUUUUUCCGUCCACAGUGACUGUUCGAUGUCCCGAUUCGGAGGAUAUUGUAACCGAUCCUCCUAAAGGUCACUUUUUUGGGGUGCAUAUUCUCUCCAUAAAAUUAGGAUUCCGCUUUCCCACGCACCCUUUGAUUAUUGAAUUUUUAAAUGACCUUGAAAUUUCACCUUGUCACCUGACUCCGCUCGGUCAUCAGUAUCUGGUAGCUUUCUUAGUCCGGUGUGAAACACUUGGGAUUGAAUCGUCCCUAGACCUCUUCAAGCAUAUGUUCCGAGCUGGGCAGUGCUCGGCAUCUGAUAGUCUGUCCUGGGUGUCUAUCUCUCAGCGCAACCACUUUGAUAUGUGGAAGGUCACUCGUAGCAACGAAGCCAAUUGGAAAGAAGAAUUUGUCUAUGUGUCGUCUGGAUCUCCGUUACCUUUUUCAUCGUCUUUGAAUUGUCGAUUUAAGAAGUAUUCGUACCCGAAACUUCCAGUUGACCAGGAGACAUGGCCGGCUAUGAUUCUUUCUGGAGGACCGUAUAGCCUCUCUGCCUUUACUUCCGAGGACCGCCUAACCACGGUUGGACUCUAUUCGCCGUCACCAUGUUCGGGUGCACACGCAUCCACGUCCACGGAUCAAGAUAUGACAUCGCGGUUGGAGAUGUUCCAAAGCUUCGACCAGGAUGGGCCUCGCGGUAGUGACCAGGGGCGCUCUGACAAGAAACCAAGGGUUCCCUCCGUCACAAAAGGCAAGGAUGCCAUUGUAACUGUGCCUUCAUCCAUUGCAAAACGCAGGGCCGCUAGCCCCGCAGCCCGUGUCACCCGUAGCAUGAGUGAUAUUCCCACGGCGGGGAUGACUACUUGGUUACGAGGUAACAUUGAGUUACCUCCGCUCUUAUCACAGGUGAUCACGGCGACUGAGAAGGAGAAAAUUUCAACACUUGACCAUGCUGCUUUAGAGAAGAGGAGCCACCAUGGCCUGGCCGAGCUACUGUUGUCCAUCUCCGAGGUGAACCGAAGGAAAGAUGAGCGCGAAAAAGAUUUGUCGCUACAACUCACCGAAUUAGCGAAGGAGGUGGCAUCGCUCAAGCUCGUGCGUGACUCACAUGCAGCCGAGGUCACUGUGCUUAAAGAAAUGCACGCCGUGGAGUUGGCCAAUGCAAGGGGGCGGGCCGUGGAUGCAUACAAGAAUUCUCCAGAGUUCGUGUCUGAUCAGGAAGCAUACAUUAAUGCCCACUUGAACGAUAUUAGCAAGCAUUGGUUGUCUACUCCGGAAGGUCGUGAGAAACUGGCCUUAGAGAGCUACAUCUCCUACCAGAUCGGGAUAUAUGCCACUCAACAGAAAGUAUAUCCUAUCUUGAGGGAUAAGGCUGGUGCCUCUUGCAUCACUGAUUGGGGACUUCCUCCUGAGGUUCCCAACCCUGAGAUCCCGGUAGCCAACACGCCCCUGGACUAUAUUCCUUUUGACAGACUCCCCACUGAUGAGGAGCUUGGCGAUCUUCCUUCCGAGACAGAUCACCCAGCUUCGACUGCUUCUGUGCCUUAGAGCAUGCAUGGGAGUGAUGGAUGGACGUAGUGUAGACUUUAAUUCUGUCAUGUCUUCAAUUACGAGUACCUGAAUUGCUAAACAUGUUUUGAAUUUCAUAAAAUAAUAAUGAUGCAUGUCUU